CUCUAUCCUGCUUCUCUUUAAGAGGAGGCAAGGAGGGAUCCCUCAAGAACGUCUAACAUGAUCAAAGGGGAAAAGAAAGCAACAAGUCUUUCUUUUACCAGUGGCUCUUUUUCCGCCCAAAUAGCUUCACAGCACAGAUCCUUGGCGACGCCAAAGAGGGAAUAAAUUGACGACCCUCACUUUUCUGCCUUCCGAAGAAUCACUCUCUCAUUUUCUUGUUCUCAUGUGAAGGUUAUCCAGCCAAGUGAUUCUUGCCACAACUCCCUUCAAACCAUUCUGAACCAUGGACAAAGAGACGCUAAGCCUCAAUAAAAUGAGUUUGGUGGUGGAGGAUCCUAAGUUGGACUCCAAAGCCCCUCUUUUGAAGUCCCCAAUGAGAUCCCUGAGCCAAUCCGAAUUGGAACCCUCCUUGAAGAAGCUUGAAGGCCAUUUCAAAUCGAUUCUCAGCUUGAUCGGUGAAAAUCCGGAGCGUGAAGGCCUCGUGGACACUCCCAUGCGAGCAGCUAAGGCCAUGAUGUUCUUCACCAAAGGAUAUGAGGACUCGAUUCAACAAGCCGUCAAAACCGCCAUUUUUGACGAGAAUCACGAUGAGAUGGUGGUUGUGAAAAAUAUCGAAAUAUUCUCGCUUUGCGAGCAUCACUUGGUGCCUUUCACAGGAAAAGUUAGUAUUGGCUACUUGCCUCAAGGAAAGCUUUUGGGAUUGAGCAAAUUGGCCAGAAUUGUGGAGAUCUACUCCAGAAGACUUCAGGUGCAAGAGAGAUUAACCAAAGAGAUUGCCCAUGCUGUGGCCAAAGCUAUCAAUCCAAGAGGAGUGGGCGUCGUGGUGGAGGCGUGUCACAUGUGUAUGGUCAUGCGAGGGGUUCAGAAGGUCAACAGCAAGGCCGUCACCAGCUGCAUGAUGGGGGUCUUUAGAGAUGAUCCUAAAACACGUGGAGAGUUCUUGGACCUGAUUCGAUUGAACUAGUUCACGGCUUUCAAUGGCAAUUCUGAUACCUGCUUCAAAUCAUUCACAUGACGAAUAUGUAACUGUACAUGUUUUUAGGAUUAAAUACGAAAUACGGCCUUAAAAUUCGCUGAUGGAAAGGCAUUGAGCCUCCUUCGUCAACUUGGUACUUGUCAGUUUGGGGACUUUUUUUAUAAGAGUUUUCGAGGCUUUCACCAUG